AUGUUUUCAAUAUUUAAAACAUUGCAUCCACCAACGGGAAUAGAAAAUGCUGUAUCAGCGUAUUUUUUAUCACCAUAUGAAAAAAAUCUUGUAUUAUCAAGUGGAAAUCAAUUAUAUGUUUAUCGUCUUGUACCCGACACAAUUACAAAUGAUUUCGUUAGUGAAUCAGUUAAUCAUAUAUUAAAUGAUCCUGCUGAUGUUUAUCAAUCACUAUCUAGUCAAAAACCACAACGUUUAAAAUUUGAAUGUAUGAAUACAUUUACAUUAUGGUCAAAUAUUUGUUCUAUAACACCAUGUCGUUUUGGUCCAACAAUGGUUAAAGAUGCAUUAUUUAUAUCAUUUAUGGAUGCAAAAUUAGCUCUUAUCGAAUUUGAUACCACUAUUCAUGAUUUAAAAACAUUAUCAAUGCACUAUUUUGAAGAUGAAUUACAAAAAGAAGGUCAAUGGUAUAAUUUUUCACCACCAAUUGUACGAGUAGAUCCAGAUAUGAGAUGUGCUGUAAUGUUAAUAUACAAUUGUAAAUUGGUUAUUAUACCAUUUUUUAAUAAUGAAAAUUCAAAUAAAGAUAUUACAUUGACAAAUGAAAUGUUAUCAAAUAAUUCAAUGCUAAAUAUAACUAUUGGACCAAGUACAAAUACUCGUUGUUCAUCCUUAUCAUCCUAUAUUGUUCAUUUAAAAAAACUGGAUCCAUCAUUGACUGGUCGUAUUAUUGAUCUACAAUUUUUACAUGGUUACUAUGAGCCAACAUUAUUUAUUCUAUGUGAAACAAAUCGUACAUGGGUCGGACGUGUAGCUGUGAAAAAAGAUACAUGCUGUAGUGUAGCAUUAUCGAUCAAUGUACAACAAAAAUCAAAUCCAGUUAUUUGGCCUGUUGAUAAAUUGCCAUUCGAUUGCUUUUCAUGUAUGUCUGUUCCAAAACCAAUUGGUGGCAUUCUUAUCAUUGCUGUUAAUUCUAUCAUAUAUUUAAAUCAGAGUAUACCACCCUAUGGUGUGUCAUUAAAUACAUUAACAAAAGAAUCAACAAAAUAUCCAUUACGACAAAUGAAUGAUUUAAAAAUAUCAUUGGAUUGUUGUCAAGCAACGUUUAUAUCAUCGGAAAAAAUUGUAUUAUCGUUAAAAAAUGGUGAAAUAUACGUUUUAACAUUGCAUACGGAUACAAUGAGAUCUGUCAAAGAGUUUACAUUUGAUCGAGCAGCUGCCGGUGUUUUAAGCAGUUGUAUCUGUAAAUGUGAUGAAGGUUUUCUAUUUUUUGGUUCACGCUUAGGUAAUUCAUUAUUGUUACGUUAUCAUAAAAAAAUAAUUGAUGAAACGUCAGAAGCAAUAAUGGCGAAUGGCUUAGUAGAUACAUCGUCAAAUGAUACUGCUACCAUCGCCACCACUACCAUCAAAGCAGAAAAUGGAGCAACCAAUCAUCAUCUUGAUGACGAUAUGUUGAUGUACGGUAAUAAUAAUAUCGAAAAUAUCAAAACAAUUGAUAAUAAUACCGGUGAACCGUACACAAAACGUGUAAAACAAGAAUCAGAUGAUACUGAUAUUGUCAAUGAUCAGUAUGAUACCGAUAAUUCCGAUGAGAAGAAACCGUUAACGUAUACAUUUGAUUUUUGUGAUAGUAUAAUUAACAUUGGUCCGUGUGGUAAUAGUAUUUGUGGUGAAUCAGCAGAUUUCAAUCAACAAGAUGAAAACAUAUUUCAUCAAAAUUCAUUGUCAUUACAUUUGGAUUUGGUGACAACAUCAGGUCACGGUAAAAAUGGUUCUAUAUCAAUAUUACAACAAACAUUAAAACCCCAUAUUAUUACUACUCAACAAUUGUCCGGUAGUGUUGAUUUAUGGACCGUUUAUUCAACACCAAUGGAUACAAAACAACAUGCCUAUCUAAUUAUAAGUAAUGAAACAUCAACAUUAAUACUACAAACGGGCACUGAAAUAUCCGAAUUAGAACAUGGUGGUUUUCUAGUACAUGAACAAACAAUUUAUUGUGGAAAUAUUGGAAGAACAACAAAAUUAAUUGUUCAAAUAACACGAUAUUCUAUUGUUUUGCUGCGUGAUAGUGUUCAUAUACAAACAAUAACAUUAGACAAUGAACAACAGCAAGCGUCAACGGGAAGCAAAACAUUGGGACCGAUUCGUUUUGCCACGAGUUUAGAUAAAUAUCUGGCGAUAUUAACUGCACAUGGUCAAGUCUAUAUUUUUUCUCUAAAUAAUGAGCAAACAACUGCACCUCAUCUAGCAGAAUGUUUUAAUCUGACAUCGAAAAAGUAUUCAUGUGUAAAUUUAUAUAUCGAUCAUAAUGGAUUAUUUACAAUGAAUGUUGAAGAAAAAUAUCUUAAAAUUGAACAAGUAUUAAUGAAUCGUCGAUCAAUAAGUACAGUUACUCCAACUUCGGCACAACCAAUGCCUCCACUAGUCGGAAAACCAGCUCAUUCAAAAACAUCGUUCGAUUCAAGUUUUAUGGUUGGUGGUGAUGAUGAAGAUGAUUGGUUAUAUGGGAAAAAGAUUGAAUUAGGUGUAACAUCAAUAUCUCAGACAGUUAAUGAACAACAUCAAAAUGAUGCUGAUGUUUCAAUGUCUGGAGAAACAAAGGAUCGCAACACACAUUCAACAAAAACAUCUGUGAACAAGUCCUAUUGGUUGAUAACUACAGGCAAAGACGGAACUUUAACAAUUUAUGACCUAGAUACGUUUAUAAUACGUUUUGAAAUAGUACAAUUUAACAGUGCAUUGAAAGUACUCGUCGAUGUAAAAGAUACGUAUCCACCAGCAACAAAUUAUUUAGGAAAAAUUGAUACAUCGUGUUCAGCAUACGUCUAUGAAAUUAUAAUGAUUGGUUUAGGCUAUAGAAAAGAUCGAGUUUAUUUACUAGUAAGUGGCUGCUACCUUCAUGAUCGUUUAAAAAUACGUUUUCGACGUUUAUCAUUGAAUGCCUUUAUACGUACAAAAAAAUCAAGUGCAAAAAGAAAUACAACCAAGAAACAACAACAACAACAGCAGCAAACUCAGUCACAAUCAACUGUUCAACAGAAAGAUCAACUGAAAACAACAACACCUGUUCAAACAGAUUUAAUUGACGACGAAAUGAAUGAAUAUCAACGAACAUUAUUACGAUCAUUUGAUGAUGUCUCGAAUUAUUCUGGUAUAUUUAUUUGUGGUACACAUCCACAUUGGUUAAUAUGGUCAAAAGGAAAUAUCCGUUCAUUUCCAAUGACAAUUGAUGGUCCAAUAAAAGCAUUUGCACAAUUCAACGAUGAAAAUUGUAAAAAAGGUUUUCUCUAUUUUAAUCAAAAAGAUGAUUUGCGUAUAGCUGUCAUGCCGACCCAACGUAUACUCGACUCAUAUUGGCCAUUACAAAAGAUCACAUUAAGAAUGACAGUCCAUUAUCUAUGUUACCAUGUUGAAAGCAAAUUAUAUGCUGCAACAAUGAGUAUAGAUGAGCCAACAAAUCAAUUAGUACAACCUAGUGGCGAAGAUCGCGAAUCAAUCACGUAUACAAAAGAAUCAAAUUUUCUUCUUCCAUCUCGUGAACAGUUUAUUGUACAAUUAUUUUCGCCUACUCAAUGGGAACAAAUUCCAAAUGCCAAGAUAACCAUGAAUGAUUGGGAACAUGUAACGUGUAUGAAAACAAUUGCUCUAAAAUUUCAAGGAGCACUAAUGAAAACGUAUAUUGCAAUUGGUACAGCGAAUUGUUUCAAUGAAGAUGUGAAUAGUCGAGGACGAAUCAUUUUAUUUGAUAUUAUUGAAGUUGUUCCAGAAUUAAAUCAACCUUUAACAAAACAUAAAAUUAAAAUUGUUCAUGAUAGAGAAGAAAAAGGUCCUGUAACCGCACUGGAAUCAGUUGUGGGUUAUCUGAUUGGAGCCGUUGGUCAAAAAGUUUAUAUUUGGCAAUUUAAAGAUGAUCAAUUGAAGGGCAUUGCAUUUGUUGACAUUCAAGUUUAUUGUCAUCGUAUGAUUGCAAUGAAAAACUAUAUUCUAAUAGCUGAUGUUCAUAAAAGUAUCGCUCUUCUACGUUAUCAAGAAGAUAUGCGUGUUUUAUCCUAUGUUAGUCGUGAUUCACGAAAAUUAGAUGUUUAUACAACAGAGUUUUUUGUUGAUCAAACACAUAUUAAAUUUGUGACAACAGAUGCAGAUAAAAAUUUGUACAUCUAUUCUCAUUCGCCCAUACAAAAAGAAACGGCAGGUGGAACAUGGCUGGCACGAAAAUCAGAAUUUCAUGUAGGAUGUCACAUUAUGUCAGCUGUUCGAUUACAAGUAAAUACAAAUAAUUUAUCAACAAAACAAAAUUAUGAAGGAAAACAGGCAUUAAUUAUGCCUACAUUAGAUGGGGGUAUUACAUGUUUAUUGCCACUAAAUGAAAAAAUAUUUCGCCGAUUAGGCAUGUUACAAAAUUCUAUGACUUCCAUGUUUCCACAUUAUUGUGGUUUAAAUCCAAAAAGUUUCAGAGCAUGUAAGACACGAAUGAAAGAACUAGAAAAUUCACAAAAAAAUACACUUGAUGGUGAUUUAUUAUGGAAAUAUUUUGAUUUAAGUUUUAUCGAACGUAAUGAAUUAUUAAGUCGACUAGGAAUGACAUCAGACCAGUUUCAUGAAGAUUUGACCGAUAUACUUCGAACGCUUACAUUGUUCUAA